AUGGUCAAAGGACAGACAUGUGAACGAAACUGUGGGGUAAAAUUUGACUUAUGUUCAUGCCACUCGACAUGCACGUCUCUGGAGUACUGCUGUACAGACUAUAAAGAGUACUGCGUGGAAGUCUUUCCAUAUUCUGGGUCCAUUUUGGGUGGGACGGAUUUUAUUGUCCUUGAAGCGAGUUUCAAUAAGAGUUCUGAGAUCAUUUGCAGGUUCAACCACAAUAUCAAUACUGUGGGGUAUGUGGAUGAAAACAGUAGAGGCCAUUGUAUCUCCCCACUAUUGUAUGAAACAGGAUGGGUUCCCCUGCACAUCUCCUCAGAUAAUGGCACUACAUUCAGUAGAGUUGGAGCCUGGUUGUCAGUACAUACUGGCAAGUUAGAUGCUCAGUUUAAGGCGACUAUGGUCAACUCAAAAAAAUGGCAGUACUAUGGUACACCAGAUGUUGGAGGCACUCUUGAGAUGACAUGGAAUACCUCUUUGGUUAGCGUGGAAAGGGUCAACAUAGAGCUCUGGGGAUACAGCGAGACAGGAAAACCCUAUUCAGACAAUUGGCAGGGUGAGUGGGAAUAUCUGUACUCACUUGCAAAGGAUCAGCCCAACAGUGGUUCCUUUAGUUUUUUGCCCAAACCAGCAGAGAACGGCUUUUCGAGUUGGGAGCUUGGCUCUCUACGCAUCAGCCCCAGCACCUACCCUGAUGGCAUGUGGAAUGUACAAGUCGCAUGGACUGAGGAUCACGCCCUGGCCUGGCAUCUGGAGGAGAAGUUCAGGCAAAAUUCAACAGUUUGGGCCCUGGAGAAAUGUUUAGUAUGGGACCAGCUGGAAAAUCAGCUGCCCAACUUCCUCAAUGAGAUCAUAGACUGCCCCUGCACUCUGGCUCAAGCGAGAGCAGACACGGGGAGGUUUCAUACUGACUAUGGCUGUGAUAUAGAGAAGGGGAGCGUGUGCACCUACCACCCUGGAAGUGUUCACUGUGUGAGGGCUAUACAAGCCAGUCCGAGGUAUGCAGCAGGACAACAGUGUUGCUAUGACAGCACUGGUGCUCAGGUGCUGACAGCAGACUCAAUUGGGGGAAGUACUCCAGACCGAGCACACGACUGGGGCUCCCCUCCAUACAAGAAACCCCCUCGAGUUCCCGGACAGUCCCACUGGGUCUACGAUGUCCUCAGUUUCUACUACUGCUGCCUGUGGUCUGACAACUGCAACUACUACUUCAAACACCGGCCAUCCAGUGACUGCAGGCGUUAUCAGUCACCCAGCUCAGCUGUGGUGUUUGGAGAUCCCCACUUCAUAACAUUUGAUGGUGUCAGCUACUCCUUCAAUGGCAACGGGGAAUAUACCUUGGUGACUUCAGAAAAGAAACGGCUGACAAUCCAGGGCAGAACAGAGCCAGUGAACAGAACCACGAUAAAAGCAACAAAGUUGACGGCUGUAGCCAUGAAAGAAACCCCCUCUGAUAUUAUUGAGGUGCGGCUGGUCAGCAGUCACAACGGCCUUGAAGUACUGCAGAAUCAAAAAACCCUCUCCUUUUCUGAGCAGAGCUGGAUGGACCUACAUGGUGUGUUUGUGUUUUCCCCUGCCUCUACAAAUGUCACCGUGAUGUUUCCCAGUGGAGCCGGGGUGGAAGUGCGACUGAGAGAGGGAACUAUGACAACCACCGUGCUCCUGCCAGAGGAGUUCAAAGACUCCACUCUCGGACUGUUGGGAAAGAUGAAUGGCGACGCCAAAGACGACCUCACCCUCAGCAACGGCCAAGUUGUGCUGAACCUCACCAAUCCAGAGGAGGUGUUCCGCUUUGGGGCAAGCUGGGCCAUCUCCAACAACUCUGCCUUGUUCACAUAUGAUUCAAACUAUCUUUUGGACACAUAUUACUAUGUUCCCAGACAUGACCAUACUUUUGUUCCAGUGUUUUCUGUCCCCGAAAGUCCAGAUGAUCCAUUAGCCAAUCAAGCAUCCGAGAUAUGCUCUGGAGAGGGUUCUCAGUUUUGUAGGUAUGAUAUCCUGGUAGGUCGUAGUCCAAGCAUGGGAAAUGCUACCAAAGUGUCUUUCCAGAGUCACAUUUCUCUUGUGGAGGAUCUAAAGCGAGUGAUAUCCUGUGGAUGGCUUUCACCACCAAAAAACGGGAAGAAGGAGGGGACCACAUAUGUACAAGGAGCUAAGGUGCAGCUUUCCUGCGAUGAUGGCUACACACUCAAAGGAUCAGCAGAGCGCAUAUGCCAGGAGAACGGCCAGUGGACUGGAGAUGACUCAAACUGCGUGGUUACCAGUAAUGUUGCCGGAAUAGUGGCCGGUUCAGUCAUUGGAGCUGUAGCACUGAUUGUGAUUAUAACAACAAUCAUACUCCACUCCAGGAAACAGAAAAGGUGCGAAAAGAUGCACAUUCAGAAGAAGCUGUGA